CACCAUGUCGUCUCAUUUACUGGAAUUGCUGGCUGCCAUUUUGUUCCUGGUGUCUCCUGCUGCCACAGCAGAUGAAACCCGGAUAAUUGGCGGGGGGCCUUGUCGGAUCAAUUCCCAGCCCUGGCAGGCCGCACUUUUUUCAGGCUUCAGACUGCACUGUGGAGGGACUCUGAUCACCAACAGAUGGGUGCUCACUGCUGCCCAUUGUAAAUUGGGAGUUCCUUUUCCUGUCCGUCUCGGGGAACAUAACCUCAAACAUCUGGACUGGUCUGAGCAGCUGAAACUAGCGUCAAAAGUCAUUGUGCAUCCGGGCUACAACUCUCAGACCAAGAACAACGAUAUUAUGCUUGUCAAGUUGCUGACCCCGGUUUGCUUAAACAAAAAAGUCAACGUCAUUGAUUUGCCCACCAGCUGCCCCGUGGCCAGGACCCAAUGCCUCGUUUCAGGAUGGGGCACAACGUCAAGCCCCCAAGCAAGCUUCCCCAGUGUUUUGCAUUGUGCAAACGUCACCAUUGUUGAUCAGGACGUCUGCCGGUCCAUUUACCCUAAUCGUAUCAGCGACAACAUGGUCUGCGCUGGCGCUAUGGAAGGAGGCACAGAUGCUUGCCAGGGUGAUUCAGGCGGCCCCCUUGUCUGCAAUGGGAAGCUGCAAGGGCUUGUAUCCUGGGGGCCCCAGAUUUGUGCACAGCCUAGGAGGCCUGGCGUCUAUGUUAAUGUAUGCAGAUAUGUGGACUGGAUCCGAGAAACUAUCCGCAAUAACUGAUGAACCUGUGGCAGUUGGAGCAAAGGAAGCUGCCUUAUACCAAAUUGGAGCACUGCUCCAUGGAGUUCAGUACUGUUUACACUGACCAGAAGCAGCUCUCCAUUGUUUUAAAGCAAUCCACCCUUUCCUGGAU